ACAAGAAUUGUUGGAGAAGCUGUGGAGAAAGCUUAUAAAGUAACUACUGAGUUUACUGCAACUGAAAUGGAAACACUUGAAGCUGUUGAACUUGCAGAAAUAACAACUAAAAGCACACAGUUGUACAGUGCAAUUGGUUACUCCGUCCUUGCCAUAUUAAUUAUAGUUUUAAUUAUGGUAAUUAUUUAUUUAAUUUUACGUUAUCGACGAAAAAAAAAAAUGAAGAAAAAAGCCGAAUACACAAAAUUAUUAAAAGAAUAG